AUGCGAGUCCUUGAUACAUCCACGGAUAACCAAAGGCAUCAGAUCCACAAGGCAAGUUUCUCGCUUGCAAAGGUGUCGAACGGUGGGCUGACGAACGAUGCCCAGAACUUAUGUCGGGAGGCAUUACCUUGGCGGCAGCUCAACCACCCUAAUGUUCUACCUUUUUUGGGCAUAGAGCGCGACACGCAACCUCCGUGGUUAUGUCUCGUGUCUCCUUGGAUUGACUUCGGAAAUAUUUUACGAUACCUCGAGGUUCAUUCAACGGUCACGUCCGUUGAUAAAUUGAUGCUGGAGAUCACCAAAGGGUUGGCGUACCUGCAUUCACAGUUCAUUAUUCAUGGUGAUCUUCGAGGGGCGAAUAUACUGAUCAGUGAGGGACACCACGCGUUGUUGGCCGACUUUGGCUUGGUCUCCUGGGCCAAUUCUACUGCCACUCUCGGUGCGACGGAUGGCCGAGGGUCAUAUCGAUGGAUGGCGCAGGAACUGCUGGAGUCUAGUUCCCAGGAUGAGAGCUCCUUCCGGCGAACCGUUGCUACAGAUAUUUACUCCCUGGCCUGCGUAUUCCUUGAGAUUUAUACUCGGAGACCACCCUUUUGGUAUAUCAUCUAUGAUGCCGUCGUCGUACAUCGAGUUUUGCAAGGAGAACGACCGACGCAUCCAUCCCAAGAUCCGGACACCAAGGACAUUCGUGUCCCUUCAUGUCGGUGGAAGUUAAUCGAGCUAUGCUGGUCCGUCGAGCCUGGUCGACGGCCGACC